AUGAUUUAAAGCAUAGAAAUCAUGGAUUGGAAACUAAAAUUAAAGUCUUACAAGAUCAGAUUAAUCAAUCUGGUCAAUACCUUGAAGAAUGUGAAUCUUUAAAAAAUCAAAACGAAAAUUUACAUAAUGGAAUUCGUCAAUUACAAACUGUGAUCAUAACUUCCAACAAAGAACGUGACGAUGUAAGAGGAAAAUAUCAAUUAUUAGAGUUAUAUUUAAAUCAAAUGCAAAAAAAACUAUCUGAUAAUGAAAAGUUGGUAAUUGAAUUGAAUGAAAUUAAAAAUCAAAAUAAUGAUAUCAUGUUAGAAAAUAAGAAUUUACAUGAAGAAGUCGACCGUUUACGUGAAAAUGGUGAUGAUCUUACUACUAAUAUUAAUAAAUUACAAAAUGAAUUAUCAUUUUUCAUAAAACAACGUGAUGAAAAUGCUGCUUACGAUCAGGUUGUUGAAGGUGAAGCAAAGUUGGAAGCUAACCAUGAAGAAUACAAAAGAUUACAGAACCAACGUGAUGAAUUAUCUGGUUUAGUUCAAAAUAUUACAAAAGAACGCGAUGAAUUAUCUGGCUUAGUUCAAAACAUUACAAAAGAACGUGAUGAAUUAUCUGAUUUAGUUCAAAACAUUACAAAAGAACGCGAUGAAUUAUCUGGUUUAGUUCAAACCAUUACAAAAGAACGCGAUGAAUUAUCUGGUUUAGUUCAAACCAUUACAAAAGAACGCGAUGAAUUAUCUGGUUUAGUUCAAACCAUUACAAAAGAUCGUGAUGAUCUUUCAUCACAAUUAUCGCGACUAGAAACUGAAUUAAAUGUGACACGUCAGCAAAGAAAUGAAUUAACAAAAAAUAAUAAUACUUUGUCUUCUCAAUCAGAACAAUUGCAAAUUAAAUUGGAUAAUGUUAUUCAACAUCGUGAUGAAAUAUCAAAUAAGAAUAAUAAUUCAAUAUCUCAACUAGAGCGAAUUCAAGAUGAAUUAAAUCAAAUGAUAAAUCAACAAAAGGAUAAAGAUUCUUCUCUUGGUGAUGUAACAAGAGAAUUAAAUAGAAUGAAAGAACAAUAUCAUACAUUAAAUGAACAACAUGAAGAAUUACAACGUCAAAAUCAUGAUCUUGCUUUUGAACAAGAACGUUUGCAAACCGAAAAUGAACGUUUACAGACCGAGCUCGAACGCUUUCAAACAUCCUCAAAUAAUGUUGUCCAUCAACAUGAUGAAUUCAAGUUUCAGAAUGAAUCACACAAUAAAGAAAUUGAAGCAAAUACUUCACAACAGAUCAAUGAAGAAUUUGAUAUUGUUCGUCAGAGAAGAGAUGAAUUAUCUACUGAGAAUGCGGCAUUGCAUGUGGAAGUGGGUCGUCUUCGUGAUUUAUUAAAUGAUCUCACUGUUGAACUUGAACGAUCACGAAAAGGAUCGAAUGAUCUGAUGCAACAGCGAGAUGGAUUUAAAUCUCUAAAUGAAGAGCUUAUGUCAGAACUUUCAAGAAUAAAGCACGAAUUGGAUGUUGAAGUUCUUGAAAAUUAUUCGUCCACCCCUGAAAAUAUUAACUCUCGCCUCCCACCUAUCCUACCUACUCGAAGUACUCGAA